GUACGGCAUGUCCUUGGGCAGAGGAAGCGCGAGUCGGAGCGAGGCAGCGACGGAGCGGGCGAGUGCGGGGCUGUGGGCUGAGCCGAAUUCACCAUGGGUGACUUGGAGAAGGGCAAGAAGAUCUUUGUUCAGAAGUGUGCUCAGUGCCACACCGUCGAGAAGUGGGGCAAGCACAAGACGGGGCCCAAUCUGAACGGCCUCUUUGGCCAAAAGAUCGUCCAGUUUCCCGGCUUCUCCUACACAGAUGCCAACAAGAGCAAAGGUAUCAUCUGGGGAGAGGAUAUGCUGAUGGAAUACCUGGAAAACCCCAAGAAGUAUAUCCCUGGAACCAAAAUGAUCUUCACAGGCAUUAAGAAGAAGGGAGAAAGGGCAGACUUGAUAGCAUACCUUAAGAAGGCCACCAAUGAGUAAUAGUUGUCUGCUGCCUUAUUUAUUAUAAAAAGGAGAUGUCUCUCGUAAUGAGAUUGCUUUUCUUUUU